CCGGCCGCCGCUCCGCCACCGGCACCGGCACCAGCACCGGCGCCGCCAUGAUCGGGCAGAGGACUCUGCACUGCUUCUUCAGCGCCGCGCCGGCCAAGAGGCGCAGCCGCUCCCCGGAGCCGGGCGGCGACGCUGAGGUCAGCGCCGCGAAGAAGGCGAAGGUGGCAGGAGAUGGGUCGGGGGGAAGCUUCCUGCUGAGCCCGGAGCAGCUGGAGCGCAUCCGCAGGAACAAGGAGGCGGCGCGGCAGCGGCUGGCGGAGCGGAACGUGCCGCCGGGCUUCGGGGAGAGCUGGCGCCGGCAGCUGGCCGCGGAGUUCUCCAAGCCCUACUUCGUGCAGCUGAUGGAGUUCGUGGCAAAGGAGAGGGAGCGUUACACGGUGUAUCCGCCCCCCGAGCAAGUCUUCACCUGGACGCAGAUGUGCGACAUUAGGGAUGUGAAGGUUGUCAUUCUGGGACAAGAUCCAUACCAUGGCCCUAACCAAGCUCAUGGGCUCUGUUUCAGUGUCCAGAAGCCUGUUCCACCUCCCCCCAGCUUAGAGAACAUUUACAAGGAAUUAUCUACGGAUAUCGAGGACUUCACUCAUCCUGGUCAUGGUGAUCUGACUGGCUGGGCCAAGCAAGGGGUGCUGCUGCUCAACGCUGUCCUCACGGUGCGGGCUCACCAGGCCACGUCCCACAAGGAGAGAGGCUGGGAGCAGUUCACGGAUGUUGUGGUGUCCUGGCUCAACAAGAACUUGCACGGGGUGGUCUUCAUGCUGUGGGGAGCCUAUGCCCAGAAGAAAGGCAGCUCCAUUGACAGGAAACGCCACCACGUCCUGCAGACCGUGCAUCCCUCGCCCCUCUCUGUCAAUAGAGGCUUCUUUGGCUGUCGACAUUUCUCCAAGACCAACGAGCUGCUCAAGAAAGCCGGGAAGAAGCCCAUUGACUGGAGAGCGCUCUGAGCUGUGCGCACACCCCACUGGGGUCUGAUGGCCCCUGCUCUGGGCUCGUCUUGUUCCUGGCGAGCUUCUGCUGACCUGGGAGUGAAUCCUUGGAUGUUGAGCAAAGAAGAAAGGACCAAACUGUCAGAAAUGUUGUAGUUUUAAAGGGUUCUUUUAUUUUCAAGAGCAUGCUGGUGUGUUGGAUGGUGACUUGUUGCCUAGUGUUAAGCAAAGAGUUGUAUAGUACUUUGUGUUCCUUGGUGUGAUGGGGAUGUCGGUUCCCCCAGGUCACACUGUUCAGCUGUUGUAAAUACCUUCUUGUGCUUCCUCCCACUGCAAACCCCAGUUUCCUGUUUGGGGAAUGGGGAGCUGGUGCCAUGGACAAAAGGCAGAUGCUUUUGGGCUUUAGCUUUUUGCUAUGGUGAGAUUUAGCCCCUUGGGGCUGUCAAGGCUGCUCCCUGUCAGAAGGGUUACUUGGUGUAUCCCUGCUGCCAAGAUUGGAGGGUGAAUACCCCCAGCAGCCAGGAGGAGACCGUGACAGAGGCUCUGGUGGUGCCCUGAGCUUUCUGUUGGCAUUUAGAGAGGAACCCCUAAGCUCUCCCGUUGUUCUGGGUGUGUUAGCACUGCUCUGACAGGCCACUUGUGAGGGCUGAACGCUGGUACCUGCUGGAGGCACCAGGUUUGUUCCAGCUGAUGGGGGCAGGAGAUCCUACAGCAGAGGGAGCUUUGUGCUUUGCCUGCAUAGGGGCAGACCCCAGGCACUGUUGGAGCCGUGGGGCUUCCAGGGGGAAGGCAAGGUUGGAAUUAGCAGUUCGGGGCUUCCAGUCCAUCUUUGUCUCCUUAGUUCCUUUAACUGAAGUGCCUUGUUUGGGAAUUACACCACUUCUUAUAGAAGACACCUGUAAGGCUUUUCCUUGGCAUUUC